UUCCCCCAGUUUCGUAUCCUGUAAAUAGAGAUAAGUUAGUUUUUCUGUUUCAGAGAGUGCUUAUGGAAAAUUACUAGACUUUAAAAUGAUUGUUAAUCUCAGUGCAGGGACAUUUGGUUGGGGGACAUCAGUUCAAGAGUAAAUGUAUCUGAUCCUGCUUUGAAUAAAUGUAACUUUAAAGCCUUGGGAUUUUACCAAAUUGAAUCUGGGCCAAAUAGAAAGAAUGUCUAAUUUAAUAGGGAUAUAGACAGUUGGUUUAAACCAACAUUUUUGGAUGAGGAGAGGCUAUGGAAAUGAAGAAAGAAGUGUUUAGAAAUAUCACACAAACAGCAUUUUAAGAAAGAAAGAUGGAUCAACCUAGUGGAAGAAGUUUCAUGCAAGUAUUAUGUGAAAAAUACAGUCCUGAAAAUUUUCCUUAUCGCCGUGGCCCGGGGAUGGGAGUCCAUGUCCCAGCCACACCUCAGGGCUCUCCUAUGAAAGAUCGCCUCAACCUCCCAAGUGUACUAGUGUUGAACAGCUGUGGAAUAACCUGUGCAGGAGAUGAAAAAGAAAUUGCUGCCUUCUGUGCUCAUGUGUCGGAACUAGAUCUUUCUGACAACAAACUCGAAGACUGGCAUGAGGUCAGUAAAAUUGUGUCAAAUGUUCCUCAGUUGGAGUUUCUAAACCUGAGUUCCAACCCUCUGAAUUUGUCGGUUUUAGAAAGAACAUGUGCUGGGUCCUUCUCUGGGGUUCGCAAACUUGUCCUCAACAACAGCAAAGCUUCUUGGGAGACAGUCCACACGAUACUGCAGGAGUUACCAGAUUUGGAGGAGCUCUUCCUGUGCCUUAAUGACUAUGAAACAGUGUCUUGUCCUUCUAUUUGCUGUCAUUCUCUUAAGCUACUACAUAUAACAGACAAUAACCUCCAAGACUGGACUGAGAUACGAAAGUUAGGAGUUAUGUUUCCUUCGCUGGAUACCCUCGUCCUAGCCAACAAUCAUUUGAAUGCUAUUGAGGAGCCUGAUGAUUCAUUGGCCAGGUUGUUUCCUAAUCUUCGCUCCAUCAGCCUCCACAAGUCAGGUUUGCAGUCCUGGGAAGACAUUGAUAAGCUAAAUUCAUUUCCCAAACUGGAAGAAGUGAGAUUAUUAGGAAUUCCUCUUCUGCAGCCUUAUACCACUGAGGAGCGAAGGAAAUUGGUAAUAGCCAGAUUGCCAUCAGUAUCCAAACUUAAUGGCAGCGUUGUUACUGAUGGUGAACGAGAAGAUUCUGAGAGAUUUUUUAUUCGUUACUAUGUGGAUGUUCCACAGGAAGAAGUGCCAUUCAGGUAUCAUGAACUGAUCACAAAAUAUGGGAAGCUGGAGCCUUUGGCAGAAGUGGACCUAAGACCCCAGAGCAGUGCAAAAGUAGAAGUCCACUUUAACGAUCAGGUGGAAGAAAUGAGCAUUCGUCUGGACCAAACAGUUGCAGAACUAAAGAAACAGUUAAAAACUCUGGUACAGUUACCCACAAGCAACAUGCUUCUCUACUAUUUUGACCAUGAAGCACCCUUUGGCCCAGAGGAAAUGAAGUACAGCUCUCGGGCAUUGCAUUCCUUUGGUAUUAGGGAUGGAGAUAAAAUUUACGUGGAAUCCAAAACAAAAUAACCUCUACCAGCCUUGUGAAAAUGUACACAUAAGGACUUGUUGCAGGGCAUUUGUUUUUAAUGUGGUUUUCUUUAGGAGAGAGAAGGUUGUUUUUGUUUUGUUUUGUUCUGUUUAGGUUUGGGAGGGAUUUUGUAUAUUUUUCCCCCUGGAGUGGGUAGGGGCCAUUUUUGGUAUUUUCUACCACAGAUUUACUUGGCUCAGCCAGCGGAAUUGGCCACAUUUCCAGUGUAUGUGCCCUCUGUAAGGAAAGAUGACAAAGAAAUCACCGACUUCUUACUGUGUUCACUGGGAUUUGCCUGCCACCUGGUUAUCAUUACUGUUGGGUGCACUUGUGAAGAUAACAUGAACAGUGCAGCCUCUUAGAAGGGUCUCCUAGAGAAUUUAAACGGAGAGACAAGGAGUCUUCACAGGAAGGGCCAGAACUUCUCUCUCCCGGUUCUUCCUUCCGCUACCCUCCCUCCUUGGCUUUUUUGGUUCAGUUCCAUUUUUUUUCAUUUUGAUGUGUGGUUUACCUAAUAGUUUUGUUCUGUUCAUAAUUCUUAUUUCUCAACCUGGGUGAUUUUUGUUUUGUUCUCAUUUCUCCCUUUUGAAAUAAUUGAAAGUGUUUUAAGCAUUUUUCAACCUGAUUCUAAUCUCAGGUACGCAGUAAGAAGCUAUAACUCUGUUAGAACCUCGAAGAAGAAUAGAUGUAGAGUGAAAACUCCAGGAAAACUUGCAGUUAUUCUGGAAGCACCGGCAGAACAGUCUGAUCUCUUUGUAUGUUACUAACUCACUUUUAAUGUCCCUAGUACGUUAUGUCAGCCAUUAUUUUCAUAACAUGAAAUAUGUCAGAUUCUAGAGGUCUUCUGUUUUUGCUUAUUGAAUGUAUUUUCUCAUGUCUUUCUUUUUCAUUACUUUAAACUAUUGGGAAAUGAGGCCUGACUUUAUAAAUAAUUCAUUAGAGUCCUGGAUAAGUGCACCAGGAGAGUUGAGAAUUAGCUCACAAACUAUCUAUGGUGUGUGUGGGGAAUGAAGUUGGGGAAUGUGGGGGAAGAGCUUAUGACUUUCCCACCUGUGUCAUCCAUUCGAAGACCUUGCCCUUGCACUUUGCAUUAAAAGUGGGAAACAUUAAUCAAAGGGAGCUUUUAUGCCCAGGUUUUCCCUGGGGCUUUGUGAUGUAAUAAUUGAACAAUUCUUUUGUUUUACAUUUCAAUUUAGUUGCCUCAUAGAAGUAUAACUGCCCAAUCUAUGAGUAAAGUAUAAGUGUCAAAACUUCACAAUUGCCUCCAAGUCAUAUUUUUUGCAGAAGCACAUUUAAAGCACUUUUCUGUAAAAGCUAGUUCCUUACCUACUUGGAAAUCUUUUUGUUUGUUCUUCUGUUCCUUUGUUAGUCAGAUGUAAUCCCUUUCUUUAAUGUGUAUUUUUCUCAGUCCACCAUGUUUAUGGAUGGGAAGCUUGAGAAAUACAAGUGUGUAAGUGAAGUAUUUUUCAAAGAAUGCAGUUAUCUGAUUGCAUUUGACCUUUUGACCUUUGUUACAUAAUUCCACCCCUCCUACAAAUUUAAUUUUUUAUGAAAUUUUUAGGUGACUCUUGUAAAAUCUUCAUGUAUGAGGAGUUGUGUUUAUUAAUGCUACUUUUUAAAUUUUCCUGUGCCAUGUGGCAGAUGUUUAUUCUCUUAAUGCACUUCAGGUUUGCUAUCUGUAAAGCCUUUGACCCAGGCCUACUGAGUCAAAUCUACAUUCAGUAUAACAUUAAAGGUGGAAACCAAAGGGUUUGAGAAAGAUAAAUAAGGCCUAUUCUCCUUCUGCUGCAGACAUUAUCUCUCAAAAUCAUAAAAAUGAGCAAUGGAGAUCCAGGCUGGGUAUAGACAAGAAUAAUUAUUUUGCAAACAUAUUUUCCCGACAGACUUUUGGUAGGAAAAAAGUAUGGCAACAGUGUCAUGAAGAUUGAAACUGUAGGUGCUUUGUGUAUGUACGCAUGAGUGCAGACGAGUUUGAGAGAGAAACAGCGUAAUUGAGCCCCAAGCUUUUGUCCGCCUGGGAAACAGAUGCAUUCUUAUUUUUUGAAGUUGUAUGACCCUGGACUGUCCCACAGCAGAAGGCAGAACAAACACUUAUGUUAUGCUUUAAUCAUAAGUGGAAUGGUCACAAUUAAUAAGAUAUUUUAUAUAUGGCAAAGUUUUAUGAAAUGCUUUUUUACUAUUAGAGACCUGUUUCUUCUGUUACUACAGAACACAGUGUUUAUCAACUGCGGGCCUAAUUCUUUUAUUAUACAGUUGCAUGUAAAGGGAGCUUCUCAUUUAAUUCAGCGAAUAUGGGUAUUUUUACGGCAUUGUAAUUGAUGGUUUUAAUAAUUGCUGAAUAAUUUUUGAUUAAGAGAAAAAUGUAAUACAAUUACUGGUCUUUUAGAGUUACAGGACAGAAGUUAAUGCAAAAAGCUAUUUGAGCAUGUGUACUUAUAGAUUCAUUUGGGUGGCUGAGUAAAGAUGCUGCUUUUGAAAUAAAAUUGGUGCUGUGUAGACACUUGUAACCAAAAUUAUUUUUAUAACAGGACUAAAAGAAGGAGAGAAGAGACCAUGGACCUUUGAGUUUACAUGUUAUGCCUAAUUGAUUGUCUGCAGCUUAUCUGUAUUUUAAUAUUGACUUUGCCCAGAUUCAGUGAGAGCAUAUUAUUGACAUUAUGAGUCAAAAUGCUGUCAUAGCCAGUAUUACUGAUAUGUUGCUACAGGCAUAAUGUAUAGAACAUAUCUUUUCUAAAAUAGGAAUUAUUUCCGGUUAUGAAAAAGGAAAAGAGUAAUAAAGAAAACCAAAUCAAAGCCAAGGGAUCUUUUCUACGUGUGGGUGAAUGGCUGCUGAAGCCACAGUAGAAAUCAAUUUUUGAAUUUGAAUUGUUGAAAUAUCCUAGAUUGCUUUAAAGGAAAAAAUCCAGUUAUAUAUCUUUUUUUAUUAUUAAGUUUUUGCAACCUUUUGCCACCGUUGCCAUAAAUACGUAAGAAAGCAGCAGGUAGUAUAAGCCCCUUGUUAUUAAGACCUUUCAGUUAAUAUUAAGGCCAAAAUGUAACUUGAGCUAGGUAUAACAGGACUGAAUGCUACAGUGUUUUUAAAAAUUUUGCUUAUUUUUAAAGAAAGGAAAAUUCAGUUCUAACCAGAUGUUCCAGCUGUGUUGCUCAACCAGCAGUGGUAGGAGCAGAGAGCACUUGCACUACGAGCUGAUCACCAUUUGAGGCGUGCAGCUGAUAGCUGUUACUAACGCACAUGUGAGUGUAGCUUGCUGCAUGAAAAUGCUAGGCUCUAGGGCAUGUAAAACAUGAAUACAGAAUACUAGAUUGUUCCAAGUAAUGUCAUUUUUGUUUAUGAAUUUGAUUUUUCCCUUCAUUUCAUGUCAAAUUGAAAAUGCAAACAAACUGCUUUCAAGAACACCCAGAAGCUAUCUGUGUUACCAGAUGUGUUGUGAACACUCUACUAUUUUUCAUAGGUGCUUCCUUGAAAUAUAUGUCCAUUGUAGUGGUGGAGAGGGACUGGACUCUCUCAGGCUCUUUACUUGCCAGUUGUCUCCUGCAGUUAAUGGAAAUAUAUAUAUAUAUAUAUAUUUUUUUUUUUUAAUUUUAGAAUAUAAUUUAAACAUGAAGGUCUAUUCUUUGCAUUUUUAUUAAUAUAUAUAUAUAGAUAAUCUUUUAAAAAAUUAAAAUUCAAGUCCAUUUUCUCUUUGUGUUCUGAUUUUUUUUCUGGAGUGUGGGGUCAAGGUAUAUAUUUUUUUAUAUAGCUAAAAAUAUUCAUUGGUUCUGUGGUUGAGUUCUCUGGAGGAUUGGCCCAAACUAGUAAGUCUGACCAUUUUGACAUAUUUAAUUGGAAUUUUGCCAGAGUUGAAAACUACAAAACAAAGAUUCAUAAGAAACGUGUUAUUGCUUUUCUGUUAGCAAAAUCUUAUACUUCUGACAUGCUCUUUAUACUGCUUUUUAAUCCUUUGAGGAUAAACCCUGUCUUAAGAUAUUUGGCAUCAUCUUUCAUGAGUAAGAUGGAAAAAUCUCAUUUGUUGAAAUUAAAAUUUGCCAGUUCUUAUUCAGGGGCUACUUUUUUCCUUAGAAAAAUAGUUUUUUAUAUGUAUUAGAAUUUUGUACGUUUGAACCCUGCUUGCUUAUCAAUAAUUUCUUGGUAAGCCAUUAUGAAUUAACCUUGCACCAAGGAUUAAAGUCUAAGGACUGUACUUUAUUUCUGUAUUUAAGAGACAGAGUUCAUUCACUUCUCUUUCAAUGCCUCAGAAAUACAUAAGUAUCAUGACCUGUUUAAGAUUAUUCUGCCUGCUAUUCAAAUUUCAAAGAACUGUAAUUUAAGCCUCUGUACUACGUUUUAUUUAAUUACUAUUUAGUGUGAGCUUCUCUGAGUACCUGCAAAGUAGACAUGUAUCAAGACAUCCAGUAACUAUUGGACUGGAAAAUACUGUGACUUUCUCUAGUUAUUAGAAUGCAUUUAAAACAAGAAGGUUGGCUUUUGAAGUCACAUUUCUCUUUCAGUUCUUCUCUGGAAAAGAAGUUCCUAUUUGGUCUUUACAACAACCCUACCUACGAGGUUGACACUCUUAUCUCCAUUUUCUUACUAGUGAGGAAAUUGAUGCACAGAUAGGUUAAGUAAUACCAAAAGUUAUAUGGCUGGUAAAUGGCAAGACCAGGAUGCAAACCCAAGCAGUUUGGUUGCAGAACCCAUGCACUGACAGCUGUACUGUAGUGCUUACUGCUAAAGUUCCCCAGCACACACCUUUAUUGUUAGUCUUCCUUUUCACUGAAAAACUAAAAUGAGAUGUCCUCAAUAUCCAUUUACUAAAUUGAUUGGCUCUGUAACAGAAUCACUGAUGUGGCUGAUAGCUCUAGAUCCAGACUGGAAUUUGCCCUCAUACCAUUUCCAGAAUUGUGAAAUUGUGGUUGGGACAUAUCUGUUGUCCUCCCUUCUCCUCUGAAAUGCCCUAUUGGACACAGGAUGGGUGUUACUCACAAUAAUAAAUGAACAAGUAAUGUGA